AUUGGUGGAUGUACUUUAUUGAGAGGUUCUUACGUACUUUGAAAAAUUAUGUACGUAACUUAGCUCGACCGGAGGGUUCAAUUGCUGAAGCGUAUAUCACUAAAGAAUGUUUGAACUUUUGUUCACUGUAUUUUCAUGGGGUUGAGACAAUAUAUAAUCGCGUUGAGAGAAAUAAUUUUCCUGUGCAAAUAGGAGUGGAAAAUGGAUUUUCCAUAUUUUCAAACAAUGCAAGACCUUUAGGAGCUACAGAAUAUAAAACGUUAUCCCAUUCUGAUUUUGAAAAAUUGCAGUGGUAUGUGCUUAACAAUUGUGAGGAUGUUGAUGAAUAUCUUAAGAUUCACAUUGAAGAAUUACAAAAGGAAAGUGUUAUAGAUGUGCAAAAAAGACACCAGGCAGGAUUUUCCAGUUGGUUCAAGGAGUGUGUUGGACGCUUACGUGCUACUGGUUUGGUUGCAGCAACAGAUCAUAUAUAUGCGUUGGGAUUAGGUCCUGAUAUACGAAUUGCUAGGUACAGUGGGAUAAUUGUCAAUGGAGUUAGGUUUCACACAGUUGAGCGUGAUAAUUUUCGUCGGACUCAAAAUAAUGGAGUUUCAGUUACGGGAGAGCAUAAGUCGAAAGAAAUCGAGUUUUAUGGUGUGCUAACAGAUAUCAUUGACCUCCAAUAUGUUAAUGGGAAUCAUGUUUUCUUGUUUAAAUGUGAUUGGUGGGAUGUUGGCGAUAAAAAUGGAAUUAAAACAGAUGGCAACUUAGUUUCUGUUAAUGUGAGCCGUAAAUGGUAUACAGGUGAUUCUUUCGUGUUGAGUUCUCAAGUACAGCAGGUUUUUUAUGUCAGCGAUAUGAAAAAUGGAGGUCAUUGGAAAAUUGUGCAAAAAUCAUUUCACAGGAAUAUAUUUGAUGUGCCAGAAAAGGAAAAAGUGUGCAAUGAAGAUUCAAUAUUGAAUGAUGAGCCCUAUCAGCAAUACGAGGCAGAUAAUAGUCAUGAAGUCGAUCAAAAUGGUGGUGAAAAUUUGGAACUCUUGCAUCCUAUAGAUGUAUUACCGGAUGAAGUUGAUGUUGGUCAAAUGUUUCAAGGUCAAAACUCAAACCCGAUUUAUUCUAGCGAUGAGGAGGAUGAUACUACGAUCAAUUAUGAUGAUGCCGACACUGAUGUACUAGAAGACUCAAAUGACAGUGACAAUGAAGACGAAGACGAUGAUUAGUGACUGAAAUUUACCGCUUAUUGAACUCUUUUUGGAUUCUUGUAGCUUGUUUGAAAGUAUGAAUUUUACUGAGAGAUGCUUUUUUAUAUUGCCUUGAAUGUAGAUUGUAGAAUUUUGGUGUUUUAUGGCAGUAGUUAUGCAGCCCAACAUGAAAUUUGUGGAAAACUGGAUAGCAGAAACUCGAUGUGUUGAUGAAAACUCGUCGAGAUAUUAGCCACACAUCGAGUUUGAACUUAUGGAAUUAUAUAUGAGAUAUCAGCCAAACAUUCAAUUGA